AUGCGAGAGGGUUCGAAGUCGAUGAAUUUGGCUAUCAAAAUGCCAAUUUCGUUGGGGAAUAACAAUUACGGGUAUGGGAAUCUGAGGAACGUCGGUUACGGGAACAACCGCCAACCACGAAACAACAAUCAAAGGAACCGGAAUGAGGGGUUCUACAACAACAGUAACAACAAUGGGAACCCUAAUCGAAUUCCUCGUUUCGUGGGACAGGGUAACCAAGGUGGAAAUCGAGAAGGUAAUAGAGGAGGUAAUCGAAGAGAUAACCGAAGAUCAAUGGAUCAAGAAGUUGAAGGUCCACGUCGUCUUCAACAACCUCCAAGGGGCGUUAAUGACCGUUUUAGGUCGGUGGUCACCGACAAUGACUCACUGAUUGUGUGCGAGAGAAGAAUGUUUGAUUGCAAGCCACAUUACAUCAACAUCCUCCCCCACUUCAAUGGGAGGACUAAUGAUGAACCGUAUACCCAUUUGGCGGAGUUUUCGGCCAUAUGUAGUACGAAUAGAGGGCAUGAUUUCGCGUUGGAAGAGGUUAAGCUUCGAUUGUUUCAGUUCUCAUUGAAGAAUAAGGCGAAACAGUGGUUUCUCACACUUCCGGUGGGUAGUAUUCCUACAUGGGCUGAAAUGCUACAAGUUUUUCUUGAUGAGUAUUAUUCGAUGGCAAAAACUGAUGAUGCUAGAGAUGAAAUUAGGGGUUUGGAUGAUGAGACGUGGAACCACCUUGAGUCGACGAGUAAUGGAACUUUGUUGAGUAAUCACAAGAACGACGAUUGGGAGUUUCUCGAGAGGAUGAGCAAGAGGUCAAAGGCGAAAGAAUCGGCCGACCGAGCCAAAAAGCACUCUACCUCAAGGUCUUGGCCCGAUCGUGAUGCGAGUUCUAAGGAUCGAAUUGAAAUGUUGGAGCAGGAGUUGGCUCGCAUGAAGAAAAAGGAAGUGGGUGCGGUGCAAUACGAUGUAUGUGAAGAAUGCGGAGACAUCGGUCACCAGAUCGAGAAUUGUCAAGCCACCGUGGAUGUGAAUCAAGUGUAUGGAGACCAGAGGCAAUACGAUAUGAACUCCAACACUUACCACCCCGGAUUGAGGAACCAUCCUAACUUUAGGUAUGGUAAUGCCUCCAAUCAAAUGAACCCGAAUUUCCAAUCGGGAAAUCAAGGUGGGUAUUCGCAUCAAACUUGCCAAGGAGGUAACCAAGGGGGCUACCAAAGGAACAACCAACGCGGUGGUAGUGAUUUGAAUGCCAAAAUAGAUGCAAUGCUUUCAAUGAUGCAAGAGUAUAAGAAGGAUAAUGAAAUUCGGGACAAGUCACAUGAAGCAUUAGCAAAACAAGUGGACCAAUUAGCGGAAGAGGUGGCUCAAAUGCGGGGAAGUAUAGGAAGGCUUCCGAGUGACAAUACGAUGAACCCGAAGCAUCAAAGUUCAAGCACGAGCAAUGUGAGGAAUGUGCACAUUAGCGCGGUAAGUCUCCUUUCAAAUGAUGAGGUUUGUAGUAGUGUUGAAAGCAUUCCACCACCACAAUGCGUUGAUGGUGUAGUGGAAAAUACAAGUGAUGAGUCGGAAAGUAAAAAUGAACAAGAAACGAUUUCACAAAUUAAAAUUGAAAACAUGAAUAAAAAUUCUUUUUGUGAAAAUUGUUUAAAUCAAAUUAACUCGAUUAAUGCAUCAAAGCUUGAAGAACAGUGCCCACUAAAGGACGAGAGGUGGGAAAUUUUUAAACAAGCAAAAAUUAAUUUUCCGUUACUUGAUGACAUUAAAAAAGUUCCGGCUAAUGUGGAAUGCUUGAAAGAGUUGAGCAUUGAAAAACGGCACAAUAAAUUACCCGAACCGAUUGAUUUAGUAUCACAUGUUAGUGUCGUCUUAUCGAGUGCGCUCCCCCAAAAAGCUCAAGUUAGUAGUUAA